UCGGGGCGGAGGGAAGGAGAGAGAGAGAGAGGAGGGAAGUGCGAGUGUGGGUCGCUGAGCGAGAGAGAGAGAGAGAGCGAGCAAUGAAUGAGAGCAGGCUGUUCGGCCUAUUGGCCUCCGUCUAUCCCUCCGUGCGUUCCCUGCAGCAGUUCAUCGAGGGGAUCAGCGCAGCGGCAGGUGUGACCCCACCAGCUCUGAUGGAAACCAGCGACACCGGGCACUACCGGCGCUUCAUCUCCCAGCUCAUCGUCUGCGUCCCCGGGGAAGCGAAGGCUGUGUGCCGGCCGCUCACGUUUCAGCAGCUAUCUGCACAGAGUGAUGUGGUUUUGCGAGUAAUUCAGAGGAUUUGUGACAAGAGAAAAAGGAAUGUGCUAAGCUUUGGCUACGCAUGUGUAAAUGAAUCAAGCUUCAUCCCUAUUCGAUCAGCCCCCAACAUCUGUAGUUACCAACCCAAUCCCACCACAGUUACCAUCAAGAACAGCAUCCUGUGGAAAACACUGCUCAGCCGAAUUGGAGAUGAUGUCAUGAUGUAUCUGUUGGAGCAUUGCUCCCUGUUUAUGCUGGUUCCACCAAGCUGCUGCUUUCAGUUGUGCGGAGUUCCCAUCUAUAGCCUCACUGCAAGUGGCACUAAACUCCCUUCUACCUGGCUGAGACAGAACCCAGCCAAACACUGGUGCAAUAUUUCAUUAAAGUGUGUCCAAAAGAAAGUCCAAUUUUAUAAAGGGAUCCUGUCAAAGGGCAGGAAACAGAAGGAGAGAUUAGCAGGAGCCGCCAAUGGAACAAUAGCUGCUGUAUCUAGCAGGCAGAUACAUCAAGGAACCCGAAGUGUUCCUGAGAGAAAACCCACCAAGAGGCCUAGACUCGAAGGUGUUGUCAGCAGGUGGCCAUCAAAGGUCACUGCGGAUGUAAAGUCGCUGAAAAGAUGUCGGAGUGAUGAUGACGCUGUGCCUCCUGCAAAGAGGUCAAAGGACAGGCAGCCGUCAGGGUGGGUGAUAGGUGCAGCAGUUCAUUCAACAGAAGAUCUGGAAAGUAAGUCAAAUAAACCUUCAGAAAUAACUGAGCAAUCUAGCAUGCCAACUGAUCGACCAAGUAAUGGAGCCUGUGAAUGGAAAGGAAAAGGUAGUAACAUCGAUAAAUGUGAACCCAAAGGUCUCCAAUACAGCGCACGUGUGAGCACAGGGGAGGAAAGCCCUGGGGUAGGCUACAAAACACAAGGUUCAGCUGCCAAAGGAGCCAAAGUGAUUGAAGAAGGAGGAAUUGAAAGCAAUAGGACUGGAUACUUCAUGUGCAAUGAAGCGAUUAUUUCUUCUGUUGAUCCUGUUGUGGCUCAAAGAGAAAAUUCAGAGCAGACAAGGCCACAGGCUAAAAACGCAAUGGGAGGACAUGAUUCUGAGAGGACUGUUAAUAACCCAACAGUUGCAGAUACUGGAGAACAACAAAAGAGUAAGGAGGUAGACCAAGUUAGAAUCAGAGACUCUAAUCAAGGUGGCAGAUUCACAGCUAGAAUUGUAAGCAAUAUGCAAAUUGGUAAAUCUACUUUUGGAAAGAACAUUGAUGCACUCAGACAGUGUGAAGGAACAGAUAGUCUCUUCCCAAGCCCUCUAUAUGCUAGACAACCAUCGCAAACCUCUACAAAUGCCAAACCGACGAAGAAUAGAAGAAAAUGGGCUACAACUUAUAUUGAAAGAGGAAAUAUAAUGUAUUGCACUAAUCGCAGGGAAUGUUUGCCAAACGCAUUUAUACUAAAUCAAUUACAGGGGUUCAGCACAGGCAGUCAAAGGCUGGUGAAAUCUAUCUUCUUGAACAGUGAUACAUUUGCGAAGAAGGAAAUACAGGUGCAGCCUAACAGUUACUGGAGAAAGAAGAGAUUUCCAAAGCGCUACUGGCAAAUGAGAGACAUUUUCUUUAGAUUGCUGGAGAAUCAUAAGAAGUGCCCUUAUCUGCAGCUGUUGACAAGAAAUUGCUUUGUGAAUGUCCGGAAAAGAAGAAAGAUCUUUGGUGCUUCACGUGUUGUGAGAAACAUUGGCUCAAAUUCUUUUCCCAUCAGAAAGGUGGAUUGCAGUAGUCAUGAUGUAGAGUCAAAAGCUAAUGGUCCUAUUGGUGAAACCAUUCACCCAACUCCAAAACAGGGUCAGUUAUUGAGUAAGAAUGUAAAGGAUCAUAAUUCAAUGAGAACAGAUCCUCGUGGACAUGGUUCUGCUGUUGAAAGCAACUUGGAGGAGCGAGCGGACCCUUUGAGAUCUUUGCAACAUCCUGACCUAUGGUCUCAGACAAGUCAUCUACCUGAAGCUGUAGCAAUGAAACAUGAAGCAAACAGCAAGGUCACUGUGUCUAUAGACUCUGACCGGAUUGAAGGUUCUCCUAGCUCGGACAUAGACUUGCUGCAUUUGCUGAAGCAGCACAGCAGUCCACUUCAGGUCCACCGAUUUGUGAGAGAAUGUCUGCUCAGGGUCGUGCCAGAUGAACUGUGGGGCUCCAACCACAACAAAUGCAGGUUCCUGAAGAACGUGAAGAAGUUUAUUUCCUUGGGGAGGUUUGACAAAUUCUCUUGCAGUGAGCUAAUGUGGAAGAUGAGGGUGAAUGAUUGUACAUGGCUUCGGCUAACCAAAGUGCCGCACUUUGUUCCUGCAUCAGAGCACCAGCUGCGUGAAGAAAUCCUGGCAAAGUUUCUUGUUUGGUUAAUGGGCACCUAUGUGGUACAACUGCUCAAGUCUUUCUUCUACAUCACAGAGACAACGUUCAUGAAAAACAUGCUUUUCUACUACAGAAAAUGUGUCUGGAAUGAGGUGCAGAGGAUUGGUAUCCGGAACCACCUCUCAAAAGUACAGCUGCAACCAAUCUUGAACAAAGAACUGGAACGGAAACAGCAGCAAAAAGCCUUACCACCCCCUGCCAGUUUACGGUUUAUUCCGAAGAGAAACGGAUUACGGCCGAUAGUGAGGAUGCGGAACGUGGCUGCGCCACAAUUCCCCAGGAAAGCGAGCAGCUUCCGGAAGAUCCGACGCUCAGACUCCCAGAUGAAGGUCCUGUUUGGUGUGCUCAAUUAUGAAUGUCAACAGAAUCCAGCCCUAAUGGGCUCUUCGGUCUUCGGCCUUGACGAUAUAUACAAAGCAUGGAAGGAGUUUGUGUUGCAGAGUUCAAAAGCUGGAAAAUUGAAAGGGAAUCGUCCUUAUUACUUUGUGAAAGCGGAUGUUACUGGUGCCUAUGACACCAUUCCUCACGCAAAAUUAAUGGAAGUGAUUUCGGGAAUACUGAAUCCCAGAGUACAAGAAAGUUACUGCAUCCGCCGUUACACCAAGGUUUGGGUGGAUUCCAGUGGACAGAUUCAAAAAUCAUUCAAAAACCAGGUUUCCACAAUGAAGGAUCUGUUACCAAACAUGAAGGAAUUUGUGUCCCAUCUACAGCAGGAAGCCUCACUGCAAGACACUAUCCUAGUUGAACAGGGUCUGAUAUUGAAUGAAAGCUCUGGACAUGUGUUCGAUUACUUCAAGCAAAUGAUUGAGAACAGCACCAUCAGAAUUGGGGAUAAAUAUUACACUCAGUGUUGUGGGAUCCCUCAGGGCUCUCUCCUCUCCACCUUGCUGUGCAGUUUGUGCUAUGGUGACAUGGACAAGAAACUCCUCAGUGGGAUUCAGGAGGAUGGGUUGAUGUUGCGAUUGGUUGAUGACUUCUUGCUGGUUACUCCGCACUUAGAGUGUGCCAAGAACUUCCUAAGAAUACUGGCAGCAGGAAUCCCAGAGUACGGCUGUUUCAUAAGCCCCCAUAAAACAGAGGUCAACUUUGCUCUUGAUGAGGACCUUCCGGGCUGCAGCAAAAUCACGUCAUUGCCGGAACAUUCUCUCUUUCCUUGGUGUGGUCUGCUCUUCGAUACACAGACACUUGAAGUGUAUUGUGACUAUUCCAGCUAUGCAAAUACCUCCAUCAGGUCAAGCAUGACCUUCAACUGCAGUUCGGAAGCUGGGAAGAAUCUGAGGAGGAAGCUACUGACUGUCUUGAAGUUGAAGUGUCACCACAUGUUCCUGGAUCUGGAGGUUAGUACACUGAGAACAGUUACCAUCAACGUCUACAAGAUAUUCCUUCUCCAGGCUUACAGAUUCCAUGCUUGUGUUCUGCGACUCCCAUUUGGCCAAAGAGUAAGAGACAACCCUUCGUUCUUUCUUGAGGUCAUCUCUGAAAUGGCUGUUUGUUGCUACUCCAUACUGAAAGCUAAAAACCGAGGGAUAUCUCUAGGAUUCAGAGAUGCUGCUGGUCCUUUUCCUUAUGAAGCUGCUCAUUGGCUUUGCUACCAAGCUUUCACCGUGAAAUUGUCCAAUCACAAGGCAGUUUACAAGUGUUUACUACGACCUCUGAGAAGCUGCAGGGCUAAGUUGCAGCAAAUUCUACCUCCCAACACAGUCCAGCUGCUGCAGUCUAUAACCCACCCAGCUCUUCAUCAAGAUUUUGCAGCCAUCUUGGAUUGAAGCGAAACUGGAAAUACUGGCAUAUGGAAAUGCUGAAAGUGGAAAUACUGGAAGAAGUCAACCAAAAAAUUGAACUGUUAUAACUAAUAUCUCGACAGUAACUUUAGCAGUUUAUACGCUGUUAUCUGGAUCCCAAGACCACCAGAAGAGACUCUCCCAUCAUCCGUAUUUUAAAAUUUGCAUUGUACUCAUUGAUUUUUGUUUUCCCUCAUAACAUUGGUAAGUGGUGACAUUUGCAGAAAAAUAUCAAUGUUACAAGCUUAUCAGUAAAGAAAACAUGUAACCUACUUUUCUAUUCAUUCAUAGAAUUUGGGCAUCACGUUCCAAGCCAGCAUUUAUUGCCCAUUCCUAAUUGCCCAGAGUGCAGUUAAGUGUCAACCACAUUAUUAUGUAUCUGGGGUCACUUAUAGACCAAAUAAGGAUUGCAGUUUCCUUCCCGAGAGGGCAUUAAUGAGCCAAAUAGAUUUUUCCUGAGAACUAACUCAUGAUCAUCAUUAAACUCCUAAUUGCAGAUAUUUUUUGAUUUCAAUUCCACCAUCUACCUUGGCAGGACUUGAACCCAGGUCCCCAGAACAUUACCAGCAUCUCUGGGUUAUCACUCCUACGAUAAUACCACUAGGCUGUUGCCUCCCCUUCUGUGGUUAGUUUGCUCACAGUCAUUAGGGGUUAACUUCCAUUUAGUCAGCCAAGCUUGAGCGGGCCAAAUGGCUGGAUUUCAAUAAAUUGGCAUCAGACAAAAAUCACAUCUCGUGGCAUUACAGAGCAAUGCCCUUUGGAACACAUGUCAGCAGUUUGUAAAAGCAUUGCUGAUGGAUCUUCCACCACCUUCCUUAUUAAAGCAUGGCAGCAUUCCAGUGAAUGCCAGGUUAGCUGAUAACAAAUAUAGAUAUAGCCUGAACUCGCCUCUCUUUCCAAGGCCUUAACCAAUGGCACUUGAGUUGUUUAUCUUUGUUUUGAACGUGCAUGAGGUAUGUUUACAGAGAGGUUGCCCUCCUAGGCCACCAUAGUAUAGCUGAGUUACAGGGGCGUGACCAGUAAAUAGUGUAACCAAUGUUUGCCAUUGCCAUCGGUUACGCACCCCCAGAGUCCAGCGGAAGGAAGAAAGAACUUUUAGUAAAUUUAACACUGCUUUCUUUCCUUUUUGGAAUAUGGAUGAGUUAUUUUGGGAAUAAUCAUAGCUCUGGGUUGAACCUCAGUUAAUGAUUUGGGUAACCUUUUCAAUUGUGUCACAGUCUUUAAAGUCAUCCACUGAGAUAUUGACAUUUAUUACUUGACAAUGAUAACAGUUACCAGUACGAAAGGUUAAGAGCAAAACAGUCACCGGCAUAAACAGCAGUUGGUCGUUGAUCAGUUUUGAAGAUAAAGUCGAAGAAUUGAUAGCACUCUGUGUGAGAGAAAGUGCGGUGCUCCUGGAUUUCAGCUGUAGAGUGAGAGUACCAUGCACUUUGUGGGUGAAAAUGUCACGAUUACUGUCCUCAAACACUGGUGGAAAUGUGUGACCUUUACCAGUAAUUGGCGGUCACAAAAGGUCACACAACUCUGUAUGAGAUAUAUAGUGAAUGGGCACUACACUUUUGAAACUUUCCCACAUCACAUUAACCCAGAAUUCUUUGUCAACUUCAACUGUGGGAAGUAAAUUGUCAUCGCUGGUAAAAUUUGAUUAGUUCCCACAAUCAGGUUGUCUUCAAAGCCUUUUUCUGAUGAAACAGACUUUACAGGUCUUGAUAAAUUUGAUGUAUUUUCUUCUCAUGAAACCAGAAAUUAAAUGGGAUUGUGACCAUUGCUUUAUCUUGUAAUUUCCAUGUUAUU